AUGCGCGCUCUCUACAAACUCUUUAAACAUGUUGUUGUCCCGACUGAGAUGCCUGCAAAGCCUGAUUAUGGCGACAUCGAUUUCCUCGUCUCCGGCUUCCUGCUUGCUCCACCAGGUGCCGCCCUCGAUUGGCAGCGUAUGGUCGCAAGAGUCAAAGAUGCGUUUGGUACUCCACAUGGUAAACGUGGAUACUUGAACCCGGACGUUAUGUUUUUCGCGAUACCCAAGCCUGGCGAGGAGCACGUCUGGAUCCAGAUCGAUAUUAAGGUAUGCGACGCCGCUGACGACCACGCUUUCGCCUGGAAUCAGGUCCAGCUUGACUAUGCUAGCGGGUUGAAGAUGUUGGGUUCGCAGAUCAAACCGCUCGGUUUAACGAUCAGUCCGACCGGUCUGCACAUUCGCGUGGCAGAGAUGGAGGCAACGAAUCUCCCAGGCAGCCUCGUCUGCGUGACCAAGCAACCUGCCGACGUGCUCAAGAUCUUGGGACUGGAUAAGCGGUUUCUCUACCAUGGUUUUGCUACUACAGAGGAGAUCUACCGAUACUUCGCUUCCACCUGGGUCUUCAACCCAGCACAUUAUGCCGCACGACUCGAAGAGAGCAAGUAUCGCGACCAUCUCGAAGAUCGUUCUGGGCCAUGGGUCUCCUUCGUUACCGAAUGGCUACCGCAGUAUUACCCCGGCUAUCGUCUGCCCGACCAAGAUAUCUCGCUCGAUGAGUGGCGCAAGAAUAUGAGGGGGCGCGAUGCGUGA